GAGGCUCCCAAUUGCACAACCGACUGACUCUCAGUCUGUCCGUGUUCUUGCGGGCAGUGAAUCGAGUGCUGAGAAUGUUACGGACGAAUUGAGUCCACACACUGCCGCCAAAAAUGACACUUCCGUUCCAGAAACCAAUCACUCAGCAUCCGAUGGCAGUAUGAGUCCAGAGGACCGCCUCGCCCUGAUCACCGACGCGAAAUUGAUCCUGCAUGAUUUACGUGGCGACAGCACUGCGCGUGUGCACGCGUCUCGGGCGUUGCUGCUUCUUCUGGGACUGUGCGCACUUGUGGCAAUCUUGUGA